AUGGCGAGAGAUUGUCCGAACCCACGAACAAUGAUCAUCACCGCAGCUGGAGAGGUCGAGUCUCAAGAUGAAGCCGACGACCUGAUCGAGCAGAAUCCGGUUGGCGAGAUCGAGGAAGCCAUCGCAGAACCCGAAGUUGGCGAGUUGCUUGUCAUCCGAAGGAUCCUUAGCGUCUCGCAACAGCCCGACGAUACCAAUCAGCGCGACAACCUCUUCCACACCCGUUGCACUGUAAGUGGGAAGGUUUGUGGCUUGGUCAUAGAUGGUGGCUCGUGUACCAAUGUCGCGAGCACCUACAUGGUCAAGAAACUCUCUUUAACGACCACAAACCAUCCUCGACCUUAUAAGCUAAAGUGGUUGAAUGACAAGACCGUGAUUCAAGUUAAUGAACAAUUCACGGUUCCUUUUGCCAUCGGUCCGUAUCAAGACCAAGUCUUGUGCGAUGUAGUACCGAUGCAAGCUAGCCACGUCCUCUUAGGACGUCCAUGGCAGUUUGAUAAGGGAACCAACCAUUGCGGUCGAUCCAACCAAUACUCUUUUAUGCAUGAUAAUAAAUGUAUUAGUUUAACACCUUUGUCACCAUCCGAAGUUAAUGAAAUGCAAUCGAAACUGUCUAAGGAAACCGGCACUAAAAAAAAUUUUUUGAUUAAUCCUAGUGUAGUUAGAAGAUCCCUAAGUGAUCCGACUUGUAAAAUGCUACUCUUGGUUUUUAAAGAUGAUGUGAUUGUAGGUCCUAAGGAACCCUACGUACCGGACGAGAUCAAAUCCAUCUUGGAGAAGUACAAGGACGUGUUUCCGGAAGAACUACCCAAGGGUUUGCCUCCUAUCCGAGGCAUCGAGCAUCAGAUCGAUCUAAUACCGGGUGCUCAACUUCCCAACCGUCUUGCGUAUCGAGUAAACCCGGACGAGGCUAAAGAAUUGGAGCGACAAGUAGCCGACCUCAUGAAGCAAGGCUAUGUUCGGGAAAGUCUCAGUCCAUGUGCCGUUCCUGUUCUUCUCGUGCCCAAGAAAGAUGGGUCGUGGCGGAUGUGCGUGGAUUGUCGAGCCGUCAACAAUAUCACGAUCAAGUAUCGACACCCGAUCCCGCGCUUAGACGACAUGCUCGAUGAGUUGAGUGGUUCCGUAAUCUUUUCCAAGAUCGAUCUCAAGAGUGGUUACCAUCAAGUCAGGAUGAAGGAGGGGGACGAGUGGAAGACAGCGUUCAAAACCAAACAAGGAUUGUACGAAUGGAUGAAGGAGGGGAACCUUUAUUAA